AUGGACCCCCACGCAGGAACAGGACGCGUAGUCCUCCCAACAAACGUCCGACCAACCCACUACGAUCUUACCCUCACCCCGGACCUGACCACUUUCAACUUUUACGGACAUGUCCUCAUCAACCUCGACAUCAACAAACCCACCACCGCCAUCACCCUCAACUCCAACGAGCUCGACCUCAUCUCUGCAAAACUCACCAACCUCGCCCUCAAAACCGAAUCCAGCCAGAAUGCGACGGACAUUACGCUUGACAAGGACAACGAGACGGCGACGUUGGUGUUUGCGGACGAGCUCCAGCCUGGAUCGACCGCAGUGUUGCACAUCGUCUUCAAGGGUGUUCUGAACGAGAGCAUGAACGGAUUCUACCGAAGCUCGUUCAAGGACGAUGCUGGCAAGACCCACUACAUUGCCACUACCCAGUUCGAAGCCACAGAUGCUCGCAAGGCAUUCCCUUGCUGGGACGAGCCUGCUAUCAAGGCUACGUUUGAUGUGACCCUGCGCGUGCCUACAGACCUUGUUGCCCUUUCGAACAUGAACGUCAUCUCGGAGAAGGAUGUUAGACACAGUGGAAAUGUUAAAGGCGACUCGACCCAGAAAGGAGACGUUCCUUCAGCUCAAAAGGGCGACGCCCCUUCCGCACAGAAAGGGGAUGUGCCUUCCGCACAGAAAGGAGAUGUGCCGUCCGCACAGAAAGGAGAUGUUCCUUCGACACAAAAAGGAGAUGUUCCUUCGACACAGAAGGGUGACGUGCCUUCCACACAGAAAGGAGACGUGCCCUCAACCCAGAAGGGAGACGUGCCCUCAACCCAGAAAGGAGACGUGCCUUCAACACAAAAGGGAGACGUUCCCUCUGCACAGAAGGGCGACGUUCCUUCAACCCAGAAGGGCGACGUUCCUUCAACCCAGAAGGGCGACGUUCCUUCAACCCAGAAGGGCGACGUUCCUUCAACCCAGAAGGGCGACACUGUCGACAGCUCAUUGAGACCACUCAAGGAAGUCAAGUUUGCUACCACGCCAGUGAUGAGCACCUACCUGGUGGCGUUUAUUGUCGGUAAGUUUGAGUACAUCGAGACCGUGACCAAGAACUUGCCCAAGCCCAUUACCUGCCGUGUUUAUGUUCUGCCAGGGAAAACCGAGGAGGCCGAGUUUGCCCUGUCAGUGACCCCUCUUGCACUCGAGUACUUUACCGAGCUGUUUGGUGUGGCCUAUCCUCUGCCCAAGAUGGAUCUUAUCACCAUCCCUGACUUUGAAUCAGGCGCCAUGGAGAACUGGGGUCUUGUCACCUAUCGCUCCAUCCGCCUCCUGUUCAACGAAAAGACCAGCGAUCUCAGCUACAAGCGCCACAUUGCCUACACUAUUUGCCACGAGAUUGCUCAUCAGUGGUUUGGAAACCUGGUCACGAUGGAUUGGUGGGAUUACCUCUGGCUGAACGAAGGGUUCGCCACCUGGGUCGGCAACUUGGCUGUGUCAAAGUUCUUCCCCGAGUGGGACAACUGGUCCUACUUUAUUGCCGAUGGAUUCCAGAUGGGUUUGGCUUUGGACGGACUCAGGAGCAGCCACCCCAUUGAGGUCCCCUGCAAGCACCCACAUGAGAUCCACCAGAUCUUUGACGCCAUCAGCUACUACAAGGGAGCCUCUUGCAUCCGUAUGCUGAGCUCGUAUCUUGGUCUGGAUGUGUUCCUGGAGGGCAUUCGCAUCUACAUCAAGAAGCACGCCUACAAGAACACCAGCACUGAGGACCUCUGGGCAGCUUUGAGUGAGGCUUCGGGUGUCAAUGUUGGCCAGUUCAUGAAUGCAUGGAUCAAGCAAGUCGGCUACCCUGUUGUUGAUGUCGAGGAGGAUGCUGAUGCCAGCACGUUGACCUUCAAGCAGUCCAGAUACCUGUCGUCGGGAGAUCUUUCGGCGGAUGAGAACACCUCGCGCUGGACCAUUCCCCUGGGAAUCGAGCCCGCCCCAACUGACAGCAAGACUAAAUCGGCCAUGUUGACAGACGAGUCGGUCACUUUUAAGCUGGAGAAAGGUGGACACUACAAGGUCAACUCCAAGUACAAUGGAUUCUUCCGCACCGCCUACCCUGCUGCUGCUUUGACCCGCAUCAGCCAGUCCAUCAAGGCCAAGGACCCUCUCUUCACUUCGGAUGACCGUGUUGGUCUUUUGGCUGAUUUGGGUGCAUUGAGUAAGAGUGGCCAUAUCAAGACAAGCUCUCUUUUGGAACUGUUGGAGUCGUUUGAGGAUGAGGAUCAGUAUGUCGUCUGGGUGGCUAUUGCCGAGCGCGUCAACGUCCUGUCGUCGGUCUUUUACCAACAACCCGAAGAUUUCCAGCAGGCGCUUCAAAAGUUCCAACGCAAGCUGUUCUCCAGGGCGGCUGCAAGGUUAGGAUGGGAGACACAGGCAUCAGAUGACUACCGCUCGACUCUUCUUCGCAAGCUUGUGGUCACCAAUGCUGGAUGUGCUGGAGAUGAUGCUGUGGUGAAGGAGGCUCAGAAGCGAUUUGCAUUGUAUGUUGGCGGAGACGCCAAGGCUCUUAACCAGAACCUGCAGAGCGCCGCCUUUGAGAUUGUGGUUUUGCACGGAGAGGAAGCCGACUUUGAGAAGGUGCUGAAGUGCUGGCGCGAGGCGACUGCUACGGAUCAGAAACUGGGAGCCAUUGGAGCCUUGGCAACUGUCCGUCACCCUGCCCUUGUCCAGCAGUUGCUUAAGCUUGCGACUUCUGAGGAAGUCAGGCCCCAGGAUAUCACCUAUGUCUUGGCCGGAUUGUCGCGUAACACUACGAGUCGCCAUGCGCUGUGGGACUUUAUCAAGGAGAAUUGGGACAUGUUGACCAAGAGAUAUGUGGGCUCGAUGGCGUUGCUGGGCAAUAUUGUGAAGGCAGGAGUGGGUCGAUUCGCGAGUGAGGAGAUGGCGCAGGAUUGCGAAAAGUUCUUUGAGGGCAAGAAUGUCAAUGAUAUUUCGCGUCCUAUUGCGCAGAGUCUUGAGGUGAUCCGGUCGAAUGCCAAGUGGGUUGCCCGCGAUGCUGAGGAUGUGCGUGAAUGGUUCUCGUCCAAGGGUUACCUUGCCUAA